AGCGGGCUCCCAGCCGGAGUAACGGUAGCCUCUAGUCUCCUCAGAUCCCUCAAUUGUGUCGGUUUGUUGACGUCUGCAGGAGUACAGCGGUAGUCAGUAACGGGGUUCUGUCCGCUGUUCAGGCUGUUAGGCAGCGAAGCUAGCCCGAUAGCUGGCGUAAAUGGGUUUUCGGGGUAAAAUAUGAUCGCCUCACUCUCAAGAGGAAGUUUGCUGGAUGAGGUUCUUCAUGGGGGCUUUAACGAGUGCAGCAGCAGCUGGCAGCGUACAUUUCCUGGGUGAACUCUCAGCUGAAGAGGAAACCAGGCCUGAAGCCGAUCACAGACCUCAGGCACGAUCUGCAGGAUGGGGUGGUGCUGACGCAACUAAUAGAGAUAGUUGCUGGGGAGGUGCUGGAGGGAGUUUAUGCUGCUCCACAAAACAAAGAGGAAAGCAAGAAGAAUGUGGAGGAAGUCUUGCAGUUCAUUUCCUCCAGACACAUACGCAUGCCCCACAUAUCCGCAAGAGACAUUGUGGAUGGUAAUCUGAAAUCUGUAAUGAGGAUCAUUCUGGCACUGGCAGCCCACUUCAAACCGACAGCCAGUCACAGGAUUGCUUCUGGAAGUGGGAGGAGCUUGACAAGAGGCCAUGUCAAUCACAACCCUCUCUCCACUGUUGCACUAGCUCAAGGAGCCGCCGCUGCUCUGGCAUCUGCUCGACAUGAUGCCUCACUGCCUGCACGGGCCGCACGUAUUCACAGUGGCUGGGGGUCUGAUGGUGGAAAGAGUGUGUGUGUUCGUGCACUGGUUGAACAAUAUGAAAGAGGAACCCCAGAUGAGCAGGACGAUCCUCAGUCUGGCAGCCUCAGUUCUGUCAGUCCACUGUCAUCACCAAGAGCUCCACCAGGCUGCCACUCAGAGAGACCGCAGCAAGACUACCAGCAGCAGCAGAUCAGUGUGGAGUCAUCUCAUGUUGGUGUGGAGACGGCAUGGGAAGAUCCUAUUAGUGAAACUUUGGAAAAGGAGGUGCAAGAGACACGUCAAAUGGUGUCUGCUUUGCAGGCUCUGCUGCUGAAAGGUUCACUCCCCGAGGAUGAGCAAGAUGUGUCCUUAACUCUGGACCAAGGCAACACUGAGCAGCAACUGGUAGUCAUUCGCAGUCGUUUGGAUCAGAGUAUGGAGGAAGCCCAGGAGCUGAAGAGGGAAUUGCUUCGCUGUAAGCAGGAGAUGAGAAACCUGCAGGGAGUUAAGGAGGCCCAGCAGCAGAGACUGUGCACUCAGGAGGCAUCAAUACUGCAGAUGAAGCAAGAGCUUCUCAGAGCCAGCAUGACACAGGAUGAACUCAACAAUCAGAAUGCAGAGCUGCAGUGGAAGCUGGAGGAAUGUAACAGGCUAUGGGGUGAAUGCAAGAAGGAUAUCGGACAGAAGGACAGACUACUUCAGCAAUACAAGCACAAGCUUGAAGAAAGCCAAAAGCUGCAGACUGAAUUGCAAAGAGAGUUGGACCAUAAAAACAGCAUGCUACAGGAGCUAAUCAGUCGAGAUCUGCAACAGAUUCCCACCGGUGCAGAAAACAAUGGAUAUUCUUACUCUGGAAAUUCAGCUCCUUCUAUGUCAGGUCAGGCAGAAGAGCUUCAGCUGCUCAGAGAUGCCCUUAAGAGUUUGAGGAACAACUUCAGAGACCAUGACCCGCAGCACCAUACACUAGACACCCUGGAACAGGGCAUAGUGUCGCUCAUCGACAGACUGCAUGUUCUGCACACACACAGGGGAAGGGGAAAGUCUCCAAGACGCAAAGGUCAACACACAGACUUGGACUCUUGGCCUUCCUCAAAGAUUUCCCACAGUGGUUCCUCUUCUUCAACUAAAAUCCUUUAUUUUACUGGAAAAUCCCCAACACCUUCCAUGAUCAAUAUACCUAAGAGGCUGGGUGAGGUGACUCUCAAGGAUGUGAAGGCAGCUGUUGAUCGAGAGGGAAACUUCAGGUACCACUUCAAAGCCCUGGACCCAGAGUUUGGCACUGUGAAAGAAGAGGUAUUCUUGGAUGCAGCAAUUGUUCCAGGCUGGGAAGGAAAAAUAGUGGCCUGGGUAGAAGAGGACCGUGGUGAAGAAAGGCCAUUGUAAGCUGAGGAGCGAUGACACUUUCUGUUUUUGCUCCUGGUUACUCUGAUUCCUGAGGCACAUCAAGGCAAUUGUUCACAACAAAGGCACAAGUGGACACUUUUUUUUAGAUUGGACCUUUUAGCUUAGUACUGUAAGACUUGUCAGCAAGAGAUUUGGGUUGAUCAGGAUCAGCUGAUUAUAAACCAAACUGAAAGCCCUGUUUACUCCGGAAGCAGCAUGAAUCUGUAACUGACCUCUGGAAUAUCGUUAAACUGAGUGCCUUACAAAGGAAAGCUGGUUUCAUCGUGCGCUUAUUAUUUCUGGGUUGUAUCAAAACUAGACUCAAAAAUAAUCAGAAACAGCCGAGGCAGGAGGUUUGCAGGGGAAGUGACAUGUUUCAGUGUGUACGAUCAUUUGUCAUUCCUUCUACAUUAAUGUGUUUUUUAAACAAACACCAUCAGAUUCCAUGCUAAAAAUACAUAUUGUCCACUGUUACUUAGAUAUAUUUCAGUCUUUAUUGUGAAUGUAACGUGAAUAUAUACAGUGUUAUCUACCAUAGCAAGAAAUAGAAAAAAAAUGGGUUAGAAACAAAAUACCACUUAUAUAAUAUAAGCAUUAGAAAGACAGAAAAGGUUAUUGUUGGGCAAAUGUCAUUUUAUUUUAGUGCUGCACAAGCUUAGUAAAAAGGGGUAUAAUGGUCAUGCGAUGCUGUCUGAACAGAAAGGUCUGUUGUUUAAAAAAAAAAACAAAGAGAAAACCUCAUUGUAUUUCAGACUGAAUGGGACCCAAAUCCAGAUGUGGGUUUUAAUGUCAGUCUGUAUCACACCAGCAUGCCUGUAAACAUGCUCAUACUGACCCACUGUCAGUGAAUAGAAAUGAUACUGAAGCUUUUAUGUUCAGGUAGAGAUGCAGACAAACAACAUGUUUUUUUUUUUUAAUUGUAUAAAAUUGAUUUGUACAUUUGUGUUUUCACCAUAUCCUUAAAUAUUUGAAGUUUAUAGCUCUUUAUUUCUUUAAAGAGAGAUUAUGAGACGAGAAUGCCUCCGCUUCUGUUAAAAUGAUGCAGUGGAUGUGAAUUUUAUGUCAGAGGUUGGAAGGAGACUUUUGUUCUGCAGCUAUUAGCUAGCCCACUAUUUAUGGUGCGAGUGUGUGUAUGUGUGUGAUUGUAUUUGUGUGAGCUGAAAGUGGCUAUCACGUUUUCUUUUCACUCUGCUUCUACCUUCCCAUUGGGGAUCAAUACGUUUGCCUUCACUAACAAGCCAACUGAAAUAUGCAUCAGUCUAGUUGUUAGGUUCAGUCUGAAUGCCAUGACUGCCUGUACUGUCAAAUGUACAAUUUGCUGAUGAGAUGGUUAUUAAGCAUUUGUGUUUACAGCUAUUUUUGCAACAAAAAAAAACAUGGAUACUGUCUGUUAAAGAAAAAUGAUCAAAAAUGGCCUUUGUUGAAUGUUAGAAAGAAAGAUGUUUUGAAAUAAAACACAGGUUUGUUUUUAAAAAGA